CCUUUAAUUUUUAAUAUUGAUCUGUGAUAUUGAUUAAUAUUAAUUCACAAAUACCUUUAACUUGAAAUUUAUUAACCAAUAAAAAGGUAUUUCGAAUCAUUGAUAAAAUAUUUGUUUUACAUUAAUUAUAAAUGAUAAAGACUCUGGUCAAAGGUUGAUCAACUCUUUCCAGAUUUAUAUUGGGGUAGGUUUAUAUUAUUUAAACAAAAUGGUUUUUCGGUUAGGCUAUAGAAAAUUUAGUUUAAAGAUUGUACAAAAUGUAUUAUACUCAUCAAACAUUUCCAAAAUGUCCACGAAUAUUCCACAAUUCGAACAUUUGUCUGUUUCUGUUCCAAAGGAGUUUGUCUAUCAUGUAGAGCUAAAUAGGACAGAUAAAUUAAAUGCAAUGAACAAUGCUAUGUUUAAGGAAAUAACAAGAUGUUUUGAGACACUGAGUGAUUCUGAAGACUGUAGGGUUGUAGUUUUAAGUGGAUCAGGCAAAAUAUUUUGUGCAGGAAUUGACUUAAAAGACUUUGCCCAGAACAGUUUACCAGCAGUAGCUCAAAUUGAGGAUCCUGCACGUAAGGCUAAACUUCUAUAUCAGCUCUGUACAUUAUAUCAGAAAAGCAUGUCAUCUCUUGAGCACUGUAAAAAACCAGUUAUUGCUGCUAUUCAUGGAGCUUGUAUCGGAGGUGGUGUAGAUUUGGUAACUGCUGCUGAUGUACGGCAUUGUACAAAAGAUGCUUACUUUGUUGUCAAAGAAGCAGAUGUGGGCCUGGCUGCUGAUAUAGGUUCGUUACAAAGACUUCCUAAAGUCAUAGGUUCGGAUAGUUUGGCAAAAGAGUUGUGCUAUACUUGUAGAAAGUUUCCAGCCGAUGAGGCAGUGACCAGUGGUUUGGUUUCAAAAGUUUACAAUGAUAAAGAUACGAUGAUUGAAUCUGUAAUCAAUAUAGCAGAAGAUAUUGCAAAAAAGAGUCCUGUGGCUAUCCAGACAACAAAAGCUAGCCUAGUAUUUUCCAGAGAUCAUACUGUGGAAGAAGGUUUGGAGCAUAUUGCUCUUUUGAAUCAAUUGAUGUUACAAAGCGAAGAUUUGGCAACAGCCGCUACUGGACAGUUAAUGAAAGAUUCAAAUAUUCAGUUCUCCAAACUAUAAGUAUGUGAUUAAUUUUUAUUUUUUUAUAUUAUUGGUUAUAUAGGUACUCAAAUGAAUUUUAUAAAUAAUAUAUUAUACAGAACUAUACAUAUAUUUUAAUAAAAUUU